UUACAAUGAAUUUCUAAUUAAAAUUUCUGUAACAUAAUUAGUAUUAAUUACUAAAUAAUUAAUUUAUCAUAAAAUUUUGAUUCGGUGUCUUAAUAAAGUGUGUGAAAAUGGCUGCUACAGUAUUGGGAUACAUCACGUCUUACUUUUGGCCGCCGAAUAAUAAUAAUGUACCAGCUCAGGUGUUAACAAACGGCGAGAUGAGCGAGCGCGAGCGGUACCGCGCGCCGCCGCCGCCGGAGCCGCCGCCGCACCGCGUGCGCGCCGCUGAUCUCUACCCGCGCCUGCGCACCCAGUACGACGAGCCCGGCUUGGACGCCGGAUUCACGCCGAUAUGCGGCGAGUUCCUGCAGUGGGUCGGAAGAAUGGCGGACGGUGGCACUAUAGCGAUGUCAAACUACCGCCUACACAUGCAGCCUCGUCGUCGAAACGGGCCCGGCUCGUCGGUGCCUCUCCGUCUCAUAGACGGCGUCGAGAUACGGGACCUGGUACACCUGGUCGUGUUGUGCAAACACGGCCGACAGCUAAAGACAUCAUUCAACACAGGAGAUCAGUGCAUGGAAUGGUGGCGAAGACUGAACACGGCGAUGGCGCCGAUCGGCUCGGUUCAAGAAACGUUCGCCGCCGCAUACGCCGCGUGGGCUAAGGAGCAGCCGCCCGCGUCCGUACACCGGGCGCUUAUGAAAGCGUCGCACGCGCCGAACAAACACUGGUUUGGGCCUGAAGUGGAGCGCCUAGGUUUCACAACCAAAGGCGCGUGGCGGGUGACCGCUGCGAACGCUGAGUACAAGCUGUGCCCAUCCUACCCACCCCUGCUCGUCGUGCCGGCGACCAUCGGAGACGAGGACCUGGACUCCGUAGCGAGAUUCCGCGCGAUGCGGCGCAUACCAGCAGUGGUAUGGCGACAUCGCGGCAACGGAGCGGUGAUCGCUCGGUCGUCGCAGCCCGAGGUGGGCUGGCUGGGCUGGCGCUCCAGCGAGGAUGAAAGGUUGCUGACUGCCUUCGUGCAGGCUUGCAACGCGGACCGGGGCUUGCAGCCGCCUUCUACUGCUAACAAGAACCUCAAGCUCCUAAUAGUGGACGCUCGCUCCUACGCGUCCGCCGUCACCAACCGCGCUCGAGGCGGCGGCUGCGAAUGCCAACAGUACUACCCGAUGGCGGACAUCCAAUUCAUGUCGCUGCCCAACAUCCACCACGUCAGGAGAAGCUUCCAGCAGAUGCGGGCUUUAGCAGCAGAGCCUAGCGACCAGGCCAACUGGCAUAGCAACCUGGAACGCACGUUAUGGCCGCAAUACGUAGCAGGCGUAUUACGCGCGGCCGGCGUGGUCGCACGCGCGGUACUAGGCGGACGGCCGGCGUUAGUACACUGUUCAGACGGCUGGGACCGCACGCCGCAGAUCGUGGCCGCCGCCCAACUGGUGCUGGACGCUCGCUAUAGGACCCUACAGGUUUGUGCGCUCCUGGUACUUGCCAAGCUACAAUAGUGACGUCACUUAGCUCGUGCGUU